AUGUCUCGUUCGACCUGGAGUGCUGAGCGCCGUUACCUUCACCAGAGAUGUUCUCUGUGGAUUGCGGGCACAAGUGCGAUCGUCAGCCUUCUCUACCUCUUUGACCUUUUCGUGGUUCCGCAGCUUUAUCGAUUCGACUUCCGCGGCGACUUGAGCUGGUAUGACCUGGGCGUGUACGGUUUCGGGCCUUCGAGAAGUUAUGUAUCGUUUGAGAAUGAAUCGCCUCUUGUGGAGAUCACCGAGUCGGAUAAUGGCACCGGAUGCGAUUCCCGGUAUACAUUCCUUGCGCCGCGCGGCGAUUCCGUCGCACAGGAAGGGCCCAUGAUUCUCGAUUCCCAAGGAGAGUUGGUGUGGAUGAAGCAUAACUGGGACACGACACACGACUUCAAAGUCCAGCGUUACCGGGGUCAGGACUAUCUGACAUACUGGGAGGGUAGCCAAGUUGAGGGGAGGGGAUAUGGGUCGUGGUAUAUGCUCGACUCAACAUAUACGCCGCGCUACGUGAUCAACCCAGUUGGAAACUACGGCGGCGAUCUGCACGAAUUUCACAUCACGAAGGACGAAACCGCUUUAGUGACAAUAUACGAUCCGACCCUGGCCGAUAUAUCUUCGAUCGGUGGUCCGGAAAUCGGCUGGAUGUAUAACUGUUUGUUCCAGGAGAUCGAUAUUGCUACCGGCGAGCUCAUCUUCGAAUGGCGGGCGUCGGAUUACUUCCCAAUGAACAGCACAUAUAACGCGCUGAAAGGAGCAGGCGAAGAGCGAGCCUCUGCCUUCGAUUUCUUCCACAUCAACAGCAUUGACAAGGACACCCAAGGCAACUAUAUCAUAUCGGCAAGGCACUUACACUCGAUCAUCUGCAUCUCCCAGCAUACAGGCGAGAUCCUAUGGACUCUGGGUGGACGGACGAACGGCUUCCAAGACCUCUCCGAUGGUCAGGCAACCAGCUUCUCCUGGCAACACGACGCUCGCUGGCACGCGGAUAGCAACACGCUGACAUUGUUUGACAACGCGGCCCAUGCGCAUUCCGAUCCGGACUUCCAGAGCCGUGGAAUGACUAUCCACCUCGAUGUUGCCAAUCGGGAGGCUACCUUACUUAGCGCAUUCUAUCAUCCAUACCAUACGAAGUCCGUUUCUCAGGGUAAUCUCCAGGUUCUAGAUGACAGCGGCCGUGUCCUCAUCGGCUGGGGCCACAGUGCGGCAUACAGCGAGUUCAACGCGGACGGGCGGUUGCUAUGCAACGUGCAUUUCGGUGCAUCCGCAUUUUGGGACUUUGGGCGAGUGGUCUCCUAUCGAGCUUUCAAGGCGGACUGGGUUGGGAACCCUCAGUCUCAGCCGGACGCCAUGGUGGUUGGGGACGUGGUGUACGUGAGCUGGAAUGGAGCGACUGAAGUCGCAAGCUGGCGACUCGAGACGUGGAAUUUCGAUCACAACGAAACGGUUGAUGAGCCGGAUCUCACCGAGGACGUCAUAGUACUGCAUGAAUAUGCGAAGACAGGGUUCGAGACCGACAUUCUCCUGCCCCCUGAGCUUGACUGCUCCAUAUUCCGUCUAGCGGCACUAGAUGCGGUCGGAAAUGUCUUGGGAGUUACCGAUCCGCUUCAACGACAAGCUGAUGAUUCUGCUGCUGCAAUUGUACAAUCUGUGAUCGUGGGAGUUUCCAGCAUCACCGGUAUCUGCGGCAUCGUUGCCGUAAUAUCUCGGAUAUGCGGUUCAUUCCGUCGACGACAGGGUUCGUGCCGACGAUGCGACUACCAGCUGCUCCCGGUUGGUGAACGUGAUGAGGCAGGACCAGGCUGA